CGGACGGCACCUUGGACUGCAUCAGCAUGGCCCUGACCUGCACCUUCAACCGCUGGGGGACCCUCCUCGCCGUGGGCUGCAACGACGGGCGCAUCGUCAUCUGGGAUUUCCUGACCAGGGGCAUCGCCAAGAUCAUCAGCGCCCACAUCCACCCCGUCUGCUCCUUAUGCUGGAGCCGGGAUGGCCACAAACUGGUCAGUGCGUCCACAGACAACAUCGUGUCCCAGUGGGACGUGCUCUCCGGAGACUGCGACCAGAGGUUCAGAUUCCCUUCACCCAUCCUGAAAGUCCAGUAUCACCCUCGAGACCAAAACAGAGUUUUGGUCUGUCCCAUGAAGUCGGCGCCAGUGAUGCUGACGCUGUCAGACUCCAAACAUGUUGUCCUGCCUGUGGAUGAUGAUUCUGACCUCAAUGUUGUGGCCUCUUUUGACAGGCGAGGGGAAUACAUUUAUACAGGCAAUGCUAAGGGGAAGAUCUUGGUCUUAAAAACAGACACUCAGGAUCUUGUUGCUUCCUUCAGAGUCACAACUGGAACCAGCAACACCACAGCUAUUAAAUCGAUUGAAUUUGCUCGGAAAGGAAGCUGCUUUUUAAUAAACACAGCUGACCGGAUCAUCAGGGUGUACGACGGCCGUGAAAUCCUCACCUGUGGACGAGAUGGGGAACCUGAGCCCAUGCAGAAGCUGCAGGACUUGGUGAACAGGACCCCGUGGAAGAAGUGCUGUUUCUCUGGUGAUGGUGAAUACAUAGUGGCAGGUUCAGCACGACAACACGCCCUGUACAUCUUGGAGAAGAGUAUUGGAAACCCAGUGCAAAUCCUCCACGCGACCAGAGGAGAGCUGCUCUUGGAUGUAGCAUGGCAUCCUGUCCGACCCAUCAUAGCUUCCAUUUCCAGUGGUGUUGUGUCCAUCUGGGCUCAGAAUCAAGUGGAAAACUGGAGUGCCUUUGCACCUGACUUCAAAGAGCUGGAUGAAAAUGUAGAAUAUGAAGAGAGAGAGUCAGAGUUUGACAUUGAAGAUGAAGAUAAGAGUGAGCCAGAACAGACAGGUGCUGAUGCUGCAGAAGAUGAAGAAGUGGAUGUAACCAGUGUGGAUCCCAUUGCUGCCUUCUGUAGCAGUGAUGAAGAACUGGAGGACUCCAAGGCUUUGCUUUACUUACCCAUUGCUCCUGAAGUGGAAGAUCCAGAAGAAAACCCCUAUGGACCUCCACCAGAUGCAGUUCAGAGCUCUUUGACUGAUGAGGGAAUAGGUUCUGAGAAAAAGAGGCAGUCCUCCUCUGAUGGGCCUCAGGCACCAAAGAAGAAGCCCAAAACCACCAACAUUGAACUCCAAGGAGUACCUAACGAUGAAGUCCAUCCGCUGCUGGGUGUGAAGGGAGAUGGUAAAUCCAAGAAGAAGCAAGCAGGCAGGCCUAAAGGAUCAAAAGGUAAAGACAAAGAUUCUGCAUUUAAACCGAAACUCUACAAAGGGGACAGAGGUUCUUUACCUCUGGAAGGAGCAGCGAAGGGUAAAGUGCAGGCGGAGCUGGGACAGCCCUUGACAGGUGGUGCAAUCUCAGAAUUGUUAUGA